AUGACAAAAUGUAUUAUAGUGGAAAAGAAAAAUUAUGACCAAAUAAUAGUAGACUCAGUAGAUGCAGACUCUACAGGAAAAAAACCUUUAGAAGUUGUCCAACCAAGUAAAAAGACUGUCUUUAAUCGAGUAUGGGAUUUGUUUUGUAAUUUACUGCAAGUUAUUUUUAUUGAUAUGCAGUAUUGUUACUCUAUAGCUUAUACAGUUACAGUUCUUUUUUUUUCUGUUCUCAGGUUAAAUAUCCCUAUUAACUAUUAUAAUACUAUAUGUUAUUCGAAUUUAUUGUAUAAUAACAUAAUGCUUGCAGGUUUGAUUUUGAUUCCAGGUCUCUUUGUGUAUGCAGCGUGCAUAGUACAUCAGACGAUAGACUUCACUCAUUCACAUUUAUACAAUAGAAAAUCUGAAAUAACUAACUCUUUCAAGUUCAUGGGCAGUUUAGUUGGGUCUGGAUUAGCUGGAAUUCUACUGUGGAAUGCCCUUUUAUUUGAUCAAUUUUACAUACUUUCAUAUUCUUUUAUUUCUCUAAAGAUAAUACACACAAUAAUAGGAAUAAUAACUUUGACUAAUCCUGGCGUAUGGCUAAGAAAAAGAAAAGAUAUUUUUUUCUUGAGUGGGCCAGAAAACUCCCUCCAUGUGUGUAUUUUCCUAUAUAUUUUAAGCACUAUUCUUUUAUCUGUGGCAGGCGUCCUUCUCGAUUUUCAGAUUAGAAACUAUCUAGAGGCCAAAUCUGACUUCUUAAAAGGAUCCCUUGUUAGAUUUUUGGGUUAG